AUGACUGAUAUAAUUAAUGUUUUGGAAAAACCAUUGAUGGAUGAGAGAAUAAUAAAAAAAGAUUAUCAUACAUAUACACCAUAUAUUCAAUCAUUUAAUAACAAUGACGAAAUUCGUAUCUCAAUACAAAAUCAAGAUUUAUAUGUUUUACCUAGUGAGAGUUUUUUAUAUAUUGAAGGUUCUGUACUUGAAUCUAAAAGCGGUAAAUCAUCGAAAAACAUUAAACUAAAAAAUAAUUUUGUUCCAAACCUAUUUGAAGAAAUACGCUAUGAACUAAAUGGUGUUGAAAUAGAUCGAACUAGACAUUUAGGCAUUUCUGGCACAAUAAAAAAUGUUCUUUCCUUAAACGAUAGUGAAAGCAUUAUGAUGGGAAAUGCAAGUUGGUCUUAUGAUAAAGAUAUUGAUGUUGGUGAAGGGUUUUUUAACUUUUAUGUAUCACUAAAAUCAUUAUUAGGAUUCGCUGAGGACUAUAAUAAAAUUAUAAUGAAUUGUAAACAUGAACUAAUAUUAUUACGUACAAAAAACGAUGAUAAUAUUGUACAUUCUACUGAAGCUGGAGAAAAUCGUAAAAUUUCAAUUCAAAAUAUUAGUUGGAGAAUUCCUCAUGUAAAACUUUCAGAUUAUUCAAAAUUGAAUACAAUAAAAAUCAUAAAGAGUGGAAAUGUAUUGCCUGUAGCAUUUCGCAGUUGGGAUUGUCAUUAUCACCCUCAACUAUCAACAUCACAAAAUCAUAUUUGGAACGUUAAAUUUUCCGCAAACAGGGAACGUCCCCGCUUCGUUUUAAUUGCAUUUCAACAUGAAAAUAAACUUACACACUGCAAUCUUAACAACCUUAAAGUUCAUUUAAAUUCAGAGUCAUAUCCAUAUGAUGAUUUAAAUGUCAAAUUUGAUAAUCAACGUUAUGCUAUUUUAUAUGAUAUGUACGUAAAGUUUCAACCGAACUUCUAUAUGAGAGAGCCUCAACCUCUCCUAUCAGCCGAACAAUUUAAAGAGAAAGCACCUAUAAUCGUCAUUGAUGUAAGUCAUCAAAAUGAAACAGUCACAACUGGUCCAAUUGAUAUAAAAGUCGAGUUUGCUAUGGAUAAAAUAGCUAAGACAAAUACAUCUGCAUACUGUUUGCUUAUACAUGAUCGUUUAAUCGAAUACUCACCACUUACUGCAUCCGUCAAGAAAAUUGUUUAA